CAUUUGUCAUUGCCUGUCAAAAUAGUUCUUUUCAUGGGAAUAAAAUUAAUGCAUCCUUUGCGACUCGCAUAAUUUUCUUCACCGUUUCGCACCGAAAGCUGCCCCAAUUAAACGCGUAUGUAGAACCUUAGCCAAGCGGCCGACGCGGUAGUGAAGGACCAUUUUCUACUGAACGGAAGAAAAGCCAUCAUUUGUUAGUGAUUGUGCCAGUGCCAGUCCGUGUGUUAUCAUCGCUGCGAUUCAACAUGGUCGAUGUUGCUCGGCAAUUACUCGACGAGCUGAUGGGAAGGAACCGUAAUCUGGAUCCUUCUGCAUCGGCGAAAGAAGUUUCGUGGACCGAUGAAGAGUUUUGUCCCUACUUUUUGGUGAAGUUUUGUCCCCACGAUCUAUUUGUAAAUACCCGUGCCGAUUUGGGCCAAUGCACCAAACUGCACGACGACGAAGCAAAACGGUUGUUUGACGAGGCAAAACCUUGUCGCAAGAAAACCCAGUAUGAAGAGGACUUUUUGAGGUUUUGCACCAACAUGAUCAAUGAGGUGGACCGUAAGAUUGUGAAAGGUAAGCAAAGACUUCUUCUUAUGAACAGCAAAACGGAAGGUGGACGACCCGCACCGAAGCACCAGGAGCAAAUCAGUGUCCUAACCGAACGGAUCAAUAAGCUGGUGCGAGAUGCGGAAGAAGCCGGCACACGGGGAGACGUCGAGCAAGCGCAGGGUUUGAUGGAACAAUGUGAUCAACUGAAGGAGGAGAAAGAGGCCCUUAUCAAACAACACGAAUCAAAUGGAUGGUCCGUGACGGCGGAAAUUGCAGCCUCCCAGGAGAAACAGAUGGAAGUGUGUGAAGUGUGUGGAGCUUUUCUCAUCGUUGGCGAUGCACAGCAAAGGAUUGAUGACCAUCUAACGGGUAAACAGCAUCUAGGGUAUUCCAAAUUGCGUAAAGCGGUCGAUGAAAUGUAUGAGGCAAGAAGGAAAAAUACCAUCAAUCUUGAAGAGCGCCGUUCUAAAGACGAUGACCGUCGCAGGCGAGACAACACAAAGCGCGAGGAACACAAGUCACGCGAACGGGACGAUCGCUACAAUAACAAGCGAGAAGACAGAGAUCGUAACCGCUAUCGGCGAGAUCAUAGAGAUUAUAAGGAUCGGUCUGAUCGCUAUGAUAAUCGACAGCGGGAUCGUCAUAGCAGACGCGAUCGUAACGAGCGGGAUCGUGAUCGUAGUCGCAGUCGUAGCUACUAAAAAAAGGCCCACCUUAUUCAGCUGGAGCUACCAUAAGUGAUUUUGCACCAGCAGCGUGUAGAAGCAGUGCAGUCGGAUGUGAAAUUCUUCGUUCAGAAUCGUUUUCCUUCAUAUGAGGUAUCUCUACUAAGAAUAGAAAUAUUUAAAAACAAACACACGUCCUAAUAAGCCCAAUCAUAAACGAUAUCUAAACAAUCGUAACAAAAUCUUCUAGCCCGUAAGGUAAGCAUUCGUUCCAACUGUAUCAUGAAAUUAUUAAUGUUUUAUUUAUUUAUUUUUUCUACAUUGCGCAUUGCGUGUUGUGUGUGUGUGUGAAAGUGCUACGGCUCGACAAGAUUACGUCGAGAUAGCGCUAAUGUUAGUAGCGUUCCGUUAUAUUCUAGGUAUUUAUCUAUAUACUAAGUACUCUCAAGAUCGAACUGUUUAUGUAGUGUGCAGUUUUUAAAUUACGUUUGUUAAUAAUUCUGCCAGCGUUUAGCAUUAUUGUUCAUUUAAAAAAAAAAUCACAUACGAACGACAAUCCACACAAGAAGCCCGGUUUAUCUCACUGUUAUGAAUCCUUCUCUACAAAUGCGCAUUUUGUAAAGCAAGCGUGUGCAAUAUUUUCUCUGAAACCUUUUUUCUUUUGUCGAAAGCAACCGAAGGACCGAAGCUAAAACCCAUGAAAAUGUGUCCGCUGUUGUAUAUGUUUCAUUUGCUGUUGAAUCAUCCUUGAAAAAACACUUGGCAAGGAUACUGUGCAAGUCCACAAUGAUUAGUUUUGAGCCUCCAAUUGGUUGCCUCAAGGCGGUGGUUAAUGAUAAACGGGUAAGAUGGUCGUUGUACGGUAUUUUCCGUAAGACGUUCAUUUUGCGCACGUAUGAGUAACAGAAUGCUAGUCACGGGUAAGUGCUGCUAAUAAUGCUUGUAGAACGUUCGUUAUUGCGAUUGUGGCAUCGUUCGGUACGUUCGGCUAAUAAGGUACUACUAGCUACUUUACUGAACCUCCGAAGAUAAUUUUACACGCACGAUUCACUCUUAUAAUGUUCUUCUUUUGCUUAAACUCAAAUAGUAAAACAUCGAGGCAUUUAUGAUAUCGGCAAGAGCGCUCGCUAGAAUAGCCAGCUGUGUAUCGUUAUUUGCAGUUUGAAUGAAUGAUCUUGAUAAUAGGACACCUGACGGCAGGAGUCAUGACUCAUGGACGAGGUAAUUGAUGCCUAGUUUCCGCUGAACGCUAAAGACGUUUCAAGGGAAGCCACGAAUGUACACAUCCCCUUUAUGCUUCUUCGUUACGCAGGACAAGCGCCGUAUCAGAAAGCGAAACUCUCAGUCUCAGUCCAUAUCCGGUUGCAUUAUGAACGUUGUGUGUUGUAGCCCGCCACGGCACGCAACGGCUCUGCACCAUGUUUGGUGGACGGAAGCAAAAUUGAUCGAGGUAAUUUUUAACUCUAACGCAGUUCUAGUUGUCGUACUGUCCACCGAUUUGUGCGCUAUCAGUAGAAUCUUCCUGCCGGCAUAACUGUUGAAGGUAAUUGGAUUGACUGUAUAUGCUGUACUUCCUCAUGUAUAACUGUUGUAUUCCAGAACGAAAGACUUUCGAUGAAUUAGUUAAGAGUGUAAUGGGUAAUGAUGAAUGGUGGUUUUGUUUUGUUACGAUCCUCCCCCCCCCCCUCUCUUUCUCUCUGUCUCUCUCUCUCUCUCUUGGCAUCCCGUUUAAAUCCCUGACUUACUAAUGUCCAGCAAGUUGUAAGGGGGGGAGUGCGUGUCAGAACCUCUUCUUUGACUGCAGUAGUGCAUUUAAAAAAACACAUCGCGCUUUGCCAACCAAUUUGGGAAUCGUUACAAUGUUUAGACCGAUCAGUUACACCAUCUCGUCUCUGCUGCUGGCAUCCUAACGUCGACAGAAUCAGCAAGCACUGUCCAUGCCCGCCAUACUUCUUCUCUCAGGGGUGGCCCAAACACAACACAGCUGCUCAUGUUUAGCUCGUGUUUGCGAUAGAGCCGCCUCUCACAGUUCGCCAAUUUUGUAUCCAAUUUGAAAAAUUGAUAUGUAUCGAGGUAUUUAUCCCACAUAGUUUGUACAAUAAAUAUAUUUACUUUCAUAUUUUCAGUAUCUAUCAUGUUAAAUUUUGCAACUUAUUCUACAGACCUUUUUUUGUUCUUCUUUUACUUUAUGGAUAUGACAAACUUUUUACUACAUCUCCUACUCUAUUAACUUGUUAGUAAAAAAAAGCUACCUAACUGGGUAUGCAACACUUAAAGAUAAAUCACAUCUUGUUCCGUUGUGUACUGACUAUCAAACGAAUGUGUAUUAGAAAGUUCGUCAUUAAUCAAUCAUUGAAUUAAAUUAAGCAUUAUGUAUUUCACCCCUUGAAAGCCAAUGUGUAAGAAUGAUUUUGUUUUUUUAUAAUUUUUAUUUUUACUUAUUCGUACCCCUCCCGGUGUUUUUCUUUCUUUUGCUGUAUUUACAGUUGGAUCGCACGUCGUCUAGCGCAAAUCCCCGGAUACGGUCACUACUGCGUACCUAACUUAAACAUGAGAUUAUUUUUUACCGGCGUUUACUGGACACACAUCCCCCGGGCACACGCGGUGUGAUUCGUUUCCAUCGAUACAGCCAGCAGGUAGCGUGACAUUAUUAAUUAUUUCGAAUAUUUAGGACAUUGGCAAGAAGCGUACCGUGCGGCCAAUCGACUUACGCGCAGUGUCGCAAGCAAUAAUGGUUGUUGAGGUAAGAGAAAUCAUGCUUAGGACGAGAACAAAACAACAAAAACCGCCAUUGAAGAAAGGUAGACAUAUUGUGGUCGCAGGCUCAAGAUAUUCUUGGCUUCUGGGCUGCAAAUUGCAGAUUGAACGGGAUAACUUUGUUGCAAGCAUAUAUCAUGCUUAAUGGUAUCAUUGGUUUUGCUCUUUAAAGCUGUAUUGCUUGUGGGCAAUUUUUUCAUUAACAUAAUUGUUAUGGUAUUGUCUCAAAGAAUUAAAGAACUCUUUUUAUUAGCUUCGUUUUACUAUUGCAAUGAAAGGGGAAAAUAAUAAUAAAAGUAUUUAUUAACAAUAUCGACAUUUAAGUUCUAUCAUGCAUACCUCUCGCAUGUAUGUACGGCGCUGAAUUAUUAAUUUUUUGCGUGUUGUGUUGAGCGCACAGAAAAUCCCCCCCCCCCCCCCCCCAUUUUUCUCAUACUCCAUUUACAUUUGACAGUGAAGUAAUUGAUCGUUUAGUAGUGCAACAGUUGAAUCAAACGGGCAUAUUGUAAACACUGAUAUUAGAAAGCCUCCACUGUGUUGGAAGACGAUUGAAGCAAGUAAAACAAGGGAAACCAAACCCCCGCACUGAGCUCUAGAUGGAACGCUGUGCAAAACCCGUUUCAAUAAUCGUGUUAUGAGAUGAGAUUUUGCAAAAUGGAAAUGUGUGAUGGAAUUGGUAAUUUUAUUGAUGCAAGCAUUCAAAGGGCAGCGAGUAGCGCGAAAGGAGUUCUACUUUAAUUAUAACAUAUAUUACAUAUAUUAUCUUCUCUUCAAGAUUCGCUUUCAAACGAAUAAAAAUUGAUUACAUGAAAA